UCGCCGAACAAGGCAGCUGUCAAAUUCUGUUGACGCUAGCUCAUCCGUCAAAAAUCAUCCGAGUCAUUGCAAUAUUUGUUGCCGUUGUCCGCUCUUUACUUGUUCAGUUUGCAAAAAAUAGUGAAAAUGAUUGACGCCGAGAUGGUUAUUCCUGAUAAGGACGAGUCCGACACGCGAACAAUGAAGGACGUUGUGAACCCGCUGGAAGAACCGCUGGAGGAGGAUCUUUACAUAAAAUACAAGAAGCUGCAAAAGAUGCUCGAGUUCCUGGAGGUGCAGGAAGAGUACAUCAAGGAUGAGCAGCGCAACCUGAAGAAGGAGUACCUGCACGCGCAGGAAGAGGUGAAGCGCAUCCAGUCGGUGCCACUCGUAAUUGGCCAGUUCCUGGAGGCGGUCGAUCAGAACACCGGUAUCGUCGGUUCGACCACCGGGUCCAACUACUACGUGCGCAUUCUGUCCACCAUUGACCGGGAGCUGCUGAAGCCGUCGGCCAGUGUCGCCCUGCACAAGCACAGCAAUGCGCUGGUGGACGUUCUGCCACCGGAGGCGGACAGCUCCAUCUCGAUGCUGAAUGCGGACGAAAAGCCGGACGUGCAGUACUCGGACAUUGGUGGCAUGGACAUGCAGAAGCAGGAAAUCCGCGAAGCCGUCGAACUGCCGCUCACACACUUCGAGCUGUACAAGCAGAUCGGUAUUGACCCACCGCGCGGUGUACUGAUGUACGGACCGCCCGGUUGCGGCAAGACAAUGUUGGCGAAGGCGGUCGCUCACCACACAACAGCUGCCUUCAUUCGUGUGGUCGGUUCCGAGUUCGUGCAGAAGUAUCUCGGCGAAGGGCCGCGCAUGGUGCGCGAUGUGUUCCGCCUCGCGAAGGAAAACUCGCCCGCCAUCAUCUUCAUCGACGAAAUUGAUGCGAUCGCGACGAAGCGUUUCGAUGCGCAGACCGGUGCCGAUCGGGAGGUGCAGCGUAUUCUGCUCGAGCUGCUCAACCAGAUGGAUGGGUUCGAUCAGACGACGAACGUGAAGGUGAUCAUGGCCACUAACCGGGCCGAUACGCUCGAUCCGGCCCUGCUGCGUCCGGGUCGUCUCGAUCGUAAGAUUGAGUUCCCGCUGCCCGACCGCCGACAGAAGCGACUGAUCUUCUCGACCAUCACGGCGAAGAUGAACCUGUCGGAGGAUGUCGACCUGGAGGACUUUGUCGCCCGGCCGGACAAGAUCUCGGGUGCGGACAUUAACGCCAUCUGCCAGGAGGCGGGUAUGCACGCGGUGCGCGAAAACCGCUACAUUGUGCUGGCGAAGGACUUCGAGAAGGGUUACAAGAACAACAUCAAGAAGGAUGAAACGGAGCACGAGUUCUACAAGUAGACACAGCAGAAGCGCAGGGAGUGGCGUGGCGGCAUUGACGCUGGUGUAUUCACGUUCGCUUUAAGGUUACACGACUGUACACGAAUUCUGUGUGUGGGUUCGUCUCAAUAAAAUUAGCUACGAUUUUGUCUGAUAAA